CAGCGACUGAUUGACUGAUAAAAGACAGGAAGCAAGAAAAGCGACGAUACGCUACGACAUUGUAGUUUUUCCGCCGAGUCAUUUCUCUCUCUCUCGGACAGUAAGUCAGUUUUCGUUUCCACUGGAAUCUGCGAAGUGGCUUAAUUCCUGCCGCGGUAGUUGACUUGUAGCCUCCGUCCGAAGCCCGGCAUGUUAGAUCCGUCUUCCAGCGAGGAGGAAGGGGAUGAGAUCCCGGAGGUGGAGCGCAAAGAGGUGGCGGCCCCGAAGAUCCUCAAGGGCGCGCGGCCGUCACCAAGCGGAGCCAGCGACGCUCACAGUGGCGGAGGGGCGCUCCAGCCCCGCGGCCGAGUGAGCGCCGGUGGCCGAGCCUCGAGCCCCAGCCCCUCUGUGGGCAGCGACAAGGAGAAGGAGGACCUAGAGAAGAUGCAGAGGGACGAAGAGGAGAGGAAGAAGAGACUCCAGCUGUACGUGUUUGUCAUGCGGUGUAUUGCAUAUCCCUUUAACGCCAAGCAGCCCACUGACAUGGCGAGAAGACAACAAAAGAUCAGUAAGCAGCAGCUGCAGACAGUCAAAGAGCGUUUCCAGGCAUUCCUCAAUGGAGAAACCCAGAUUGUAGCAGAUGAGGCGUUCGUUAACGCUGUCCAGAGCUACUAUGAGGUUUUCUUGAAAAGUGACAGAGUAUGUCGGAUGGUGCAGAGCGGGGGAUGCUCAGCAAGUGACUCUCGGGAGGUUUUUAAGAAGCACAUCGAGAAGCGUGUGCGCAGUUUGCCAGAGAUUGAUGGCCUGAGCAAAGAGACUGUACUCAGCUCAUGGAUUGCUAAGUUUGACACCAUCUAUCGUGGGGAGGAGGACCCAAGGAAACACCAGCAAAGACUGACUGCCAGCGCCGCCUCUGAACUCAUCCUCAGCAAAGACCAGCUGUAUGAAAUGUUUCAGCAGAUUCUGGGCAUCAAGAAGUUUGAGCACCAACUCCUCUAUAAUGCUUGCCAGCUGGACAACCCUGAUGAACAGGCAGCCCAAAUCAGAAGAGAACUGGAUGGAAGGUUACAGAUGGCAGACCAGAUCGCUCGUCAGCUUGGCGGAAGAUUCCCUAGGUUUGCGUCCAGAGAGAUGGAGUCCUUGUUCAUCGAAGAGAUGCGCUCAUCUGUGAACUUGCUGAUGGCCAACCUGGAGAGCAUGCCGGUGUCCAAAGGAGGAGAGUUUAAACUGCAGAAGCUGAAGCGAGGUCACAACACAUCUAUAAUAGACAUGGGCCAGGAGGACGAGAACAUCCUAUCCAAAUCUGACGUGGUGUUGUCCUUCACCUUGGAGGUGGUCAUCAUGGAGGUGCACGGUCUUAAGUCACUGGCUCCAAACAGAAUAGUUUACUGCACCAUGGAAGUAGAAGGAGGACACAAACUGCAGACGGACCAGGCUGAGGCAUCUAAACCCACUUGGGGAACCCAGGGGGACUUCACAACUACACAGCCCUUACCUGCCGUUAAAGUGAAGCUCUUUACUGAAAGCACUGGAGUGUUGGCGCUGGAGGACAAGGAGCUUGGGAGGGUUGUGCUUCAUCCGACGCCAAACAGUCCCAAGCAGUCGGAGCUGCACAAGAUGUCCGUUUCAAAAGGCUGCCCAGACAAUGACCUCAAGAUCAAAUUGGCUAUUCGCAUGGACAAACCCCAGAACAUGAAACAUUGUGGGUACUUGUUUGCCAUUGGCAAAAAUGUGUGGAAAAGAUGGAAGAAACGAUUCUUUGUACUCGUUCAGGUGAGUCAGUACACGUUUGCGAUGUGCAGCUACCGAGAAAAGAAGGCAGAGCCGGUGGAACUUCUCCAACUGGAUGGCUAUACUGUGGACUACACAGACCCGCAAGCAGGAAUGGAUGGUGGUCGGGCAUUCUUCAAUGCCGUGAAAGAGGGCGAUACUGUCAUCUUUGCCAGUGAUGAUGAGCAGGACCGAAUUCUAUGGGUGCAGGCCAUGUAUCGGGCCACCGGCCAAUCACACAAGCCUGUUCCUCCCACCCAAGUCCAGAAACUCAACUCUCGAGGGGGCACAGUGCCACAGCUUGAUGCACCAAUAUCUCAGUUCUACGCUGAUCGAGCUCAGAAACACGGCAUGGAUGAGUUUAUUUCUGCCAAUCCUUGUAACUUCGACCAUGGUUCCCUCUUUGAACUCGUCCAACGCCUGACUUUGGAUCACAGACUAAACGACUCUUACUCCUGUCUGGGCUGGUUCAGUCCCGGUCAGGUGUUUGUUUUGGACGAGUACUGCGCUCGUUAUGGCGUUCGAGGCUGUCAUCGUCACCUGUGUUACCUGAGUGACCUUCUGGAGAGGGCAGAGAAUGGAGCUAUGAUUGACCCGACCCUCCUGCACUACAGCUUUGCCUUUUGUGCCUCCCACGUCCAUGGAAAUAGUCAACGUAUCUCAGAGUUGUUGAACUGGCCAGUAUCAGAGGCCCAGUUAGAAAGAAUACUUUUCCCUGCUGCUCCUGAGCCCUCUUCCCAAAGUGUUAGGAGAGAACUCAAAAUCCUGAAGAAAAUGGAUCUCAUGUCUCAACUUUUAUCCAGACCAAAAAGGCCUGAUGGUAUCGGUACUGUAACAACUGAGGAGAAGGAUCGCUUUAACGAGAUCAAGGAAAGACUUCGAGUGCUUCUGGAAAACCAGAUUACACAUUUCAGGUACUGUUUUCCAUUUGGACGCCCGGAGGGUGCACUGAAGGCGACACUAUCCUUGCUUGAAAGAGUUUUGAUGAAAGAUGUUGUCACUCCGGUCCCACAAGAAGAAGUGAAAGCUGUGAUCCGUAAGUGUCUGGACCAAGCAGCUUUGGUCAAUUACCAGCGCCUGUCAGAGUACGCCAAACUAGAAGGGAAAAAGAGAGAGAUGUACGAGCAUCCCGUCUUCUGCUUGGCGUCUCAGGUGAUGGAUUUAACCAUUCAGAAUGUCGGCCGAUUAGUCACUCCUGCAAAAAAACUAGAGGACAACAUUCGCUUGGCCGAGCUGGUGAUCGAGGUGCUGCAGCAGAAUGAGGAACACCACGCAGAGGCCUUUGCAUGGUGGUCAGACCUGAUGGUGGAACACGCUGAAACCUUCUUGUGUCUUUACUCGGCUGACAUGGACGCGGCUCUUGAAGUUCAGCCUCCAGACAGCUGGGACAGUUUCCCUCUCUUUCAGCUGCUCAAUGACUUCCUGAGGACGGACUAUAACCUCUGCAACGGGAAGUUCCACAAACACCUGCAAGACCUGUAUGCCCCCCUGGUGGUCCGCUAUGUGGAUCUGAUGGAAUCCUCCAUUGCUCAGUCUAUUCACAGAGGCUUUGAAAGGGAAUCAUGGGAACCUGUCAACAAUGGCUCGGGAACAUCAGAGGAUCUCUUUUGGAAGUUGGAUGCUCUGCAGACGUUCAUCCGAGAUCUUCAUUGGCCAGAAGAGGAGUUUGGCAAACACUUAGAGACUCGACUGAAACUCAUGUCCAGUGACAUGAUUGAAUCCUGCAUAAAAAGAACUCGUGCAGCAUUUGAGGCUAAGCUUCAGAGGAGCAGUCGGGCUACAGACUUUCGAGUGCCGCAGUCGAUCUGCACCAUGUUCAACGUGAUGGUGGAUGCCAAAGUUCAGUCUGCCAAGCUGUGUGCCAUGGACCUGGAUCAAGAGAGACAAUAUCAUUCCCAAAUUGACAAUCUCAUUGAGGAGACAGUGAAGGAGAUGAUAACCCUGCUGGUUGCAAAGUUUGUGGUCAUUCUGGAAAGUGUUUUAGCGAAGCUCUCCAGAUAUGAUGAAGGAACACUAUUCUCCUCUUUUCUUUCUUUCACAGUGAAAGCGGCCUCAAAGUAUGUGGACGUGCCUAAGCCCGGGAUGGAUGUAGCUGACGGUUAUGUGACGUGUGUGCGUCACUCCCAGGACAUGCUGCGGGAGAAGGUUAAUGAGGAGGUCUACAUUGAAAGAUUGUUUGAUCAAUGGUACACCAGCACCAUGAACCUUCUGGGCACGUGGCUCACCGACCGUAUGGACCUGCAGCUGCAUGUCUACCAGUUGAAGAUUCUCAUCAGAGUUGUCAAGAAAAAGUACCGUGACUUCCGCCUUCAAGGGGUCCUGGACUCCACGUUAAACAGUAAGAUGUAUGAAACCGUCAGAAAUCGUCUAACCUUGGAAGAAGCCACUGCCUCUGUGAGAGAGGGAGGGAUGCAAGGCAUUUCCAUGAAAGACAGCGACGAAGAAGGCACUGAUAACUGAAUCGAGAAUGUCAAAGCAGUUCAGCGAUAUUACUGCCUGAAAAAUAUUAUCUUUUCUGUCCUUGUAAGAUGUUCAUGUUUAUGUCAGAAUGAACACUAAGGGAAUGUAUUUUGUGUUUUAAAGCACUUCGAAUAAGCGGAAUAACAGAAAUCUUUAUAGUUGUAAGAAUUUGUGGGAUUAGCAUGCUGGAUUCAAUAUCAGCAGAAAAAGUAAUAUGUAAGUAAAUGGGCUUGCAUGUAAAAUGUGUGAUAUCAUGUCCGAUACAAGCAGUUCCUCAGCGUGUUUACUUGUGCUGGGCUGGACAGACAGUUAACAUCUAAAUGUCCUCCAAUAAGCACACAAGGUUGGCCUUUUCUUCUAUUUUAGUCAAGUCAUUUACAAAAGGUGAACAUGGUAGGCUAUAGGCUACUAGGAGCUUGCAGCUACACAACAGCCAAGCGUACAAGAGCACACAAGCCAGACGAGAAUAAUGUAUCCUUUGUUGAACAAUACUGCAGGCUAAAGGAGCACAUUUGUCAAUAAAAACACGUAUCAAAUAUAUUUGUAUAUUAGCUACACAUACAAAGGCAUAAUCAAAUUAGAAAGUAUCCAGUAACAAACCUGUUUGCAUAAUUCAACGUACUCCAGUAUGAUUUUCACUUAAUUGUGGCCACUAGGUGUCGCUAAAAAAACUUAAAGACAGCAUAAGUUCAUUCCAGAGGGUUAAUAAUAAAUAGGUUAGUGUUUUCCUUACCUA